AACUGCAGUCCCCUGCAAAACCUAGUGAAACAUUGGGGUAGGUUCCGAGCUUCGAGUUAAAGCUAUCGACUUAAGAUUCCCAUCACGUAGUGCCAACUAUAUUGACGGUUAUCACAAUUCAUAUUGUAGGCUCUUUGCUGGAGGGGAGAAUUGUGCAAGUUGGGCUAUUUGCUGGCACGUCCAUGGGGGAAACCUUUUGCAGGUGGACCAGGCACAAAAAUGGGCCAUUACGCCAGCGCAUGGAAUCGUUUUUGGCAGCGGUUGCCACACGGCGCAUGUUAUUGCGGAAAUGUGGCGGCCCUUUAUAACCCCGAACCAAUGGCAGUUGAAGACAGUUCCGACAGCAUUGUCAAGCACAAAGCACCAUUGAAAAACAGCACGCUAUCCACCAAGCACAUCUAGUCAUGGCCCUAAUCAAGAUCACCCUCAUUUGCUGCGCUCUGAUCGCCGCUAUCGAGUGCGCCCUGUUGCCAGCCGCUGUUCCAGUGGGCGUGCCCCUCAACACGGAGGUGGAUCCGCAUCCUCAGUACGCCUUCGCCUACAAUGUCCAGGAUGCGCUCACCGGCGACAGCAAGAGCCAGCAGGAGGUGCGGGAUGGCGAUGUGGUCAAGGGCUCCUACUCGGUGGUGGAUGCCGAUGGCUCCCUGCGCACCGUCUUCUACACCGCCGAUCCCAUCAACGGUUUCAAUGCGGUGGUGCAGCGAGGACCAGUUCCGGUGGCUGCUCGCCCUUUGGUGGCUCCGGUGGCUGCUCCACUCUUGGGCUAAGUGCUCAAUCUUCUAGAGCUUCGAGCACUGCUUGUAACCUAGCUUUUACAUAACUUAUUGUCUGCUCCUUAGUCCGUGGUAAAGUUAUCAUUUAAUAAUAAAUUCAAUAAGCCAAAGAUAUAAACAUUGUCUUUGAUUCAUAUUCAAGGAAUCCGUAAGUAUCUGCUUCUCAAACUAAAAUUAAUCAAAAGUACACUUUCAGUAGUAGACUCCACUAAAUUCCGAAACGAGUUUACUUUUGCACCUAUACACUUUAUUAAUUAGUCAGUUGAUCAGACAAGCUCAAGGCCCAAUAUGUACAGAUAGUUGCUUAGUUAAUGAUAAUGAACUAAAUUAAAAUCGCACUUAAAGUAGUGCAAAAUAACAAGAUAUUGAGUGGACAUAUUUUCAAGAUCACAAUUUGCGUGUCAUUAUAGAUGCAAAUAUUGUCAUUUUGAACUUGAAACUGUGUGCAGUGUGUUAACUUUUGAAUUACAUCAUAAUUGUGGGUGUCAAGGAAUGGAAAUUGUUAUGUGUUUAAUGGAACUAAUUACUUGGUGAGCAUACGAGUAUUCGUGACUCCAUGCCAUGUUAAAAUUGUUUUGUAAUUUUAAAUGUAACAAAAUGUAACCAGGAAAAGCCCCAUUUUCCAAAGAAAGCUGACCCAUGUCGCAACCCAUUUUCCACUUACAUAAGACAGCUAUCUUAGAUGGUUAUCUCGACUGCAGCUGUCCCACGCCCAAAGAACUCUUCCACUCCACAUGAAUACAUUCACUCGCUGGCCCAGCACGCACUCAAAUUAUUCAAUAGCUUAAUUGAAAGUAAAAAAUCGGCACGAGAUGCAAUUUUUGGAUUACGCAAACCCCAACCCGAGCAUGUCCAUAGAUGUUGCUGCCGGCGCCGACCGCAACUGCAGCAGUAACUGCAACUGCAACUGCAGCAGCAAACGCAGCAGCAACUGCAGCAGCGACAGCAACGCCUAACAAGCGGCGGUACGCGUUGAAAAUUAGUGAUAAUGGCCAAAAUUGUCCCAAUGGCAACAGAGCGGCGAAACAGAACAAAAUCUAUACACUUAGAAAAAAAAGCAUGAAAUUCGAAAAAGUAAAUUACAUUCUAAGUUCUUUAUCAAAUUGUUUAGUGUCAUUCAAGUAGUUUUUGUAAUAACAUAUAUGUAUCUAAGAGUCAAUAUGUCAAUUGUACA